AAUGGGGAAGUGCCGUGUUACAGUGCCUCUCGGCGCGGCUCGUCUCACUCUAUGAGGGACGGCUCUGCGGGCUGGCCACACGAGCUCGCCUCUAGCCACACGCAUUGCCCCGCCCGUCCGCUGUGACAAUGAUGAUGAAUCCAGUUCACAUUUUAAUCGGGCAGUAAACAAGCGAAGCUGAUCAGGACGCUGUGAGACUGGAGUGACCAUCGGGUUUGGCAGUGGGAAUUAUUUUUUUCAGAGGGCAGCCAGCAACAUUGCCAUCUGUUUCAGUGGCAACGUCAUUCCCCUUCCGGCAGAGUGGAAAACAUCCCAUAUAUUGCUCCUGUAGUUACGAAAAUGGACCCAAGUGAACAUUCAGGUUUCCAGGUGCUAAUACUCCACGAGGAGGACGGGGCGGAGUGGAGUGAGUAUCUGUGUCGCCUCCUCAUCUCCUCGGGCUAUCUGCAAGCGCACCAGAUUGAGCCGUGCCCCCUGGAGGCCGUGCUCCCCACUUUGCUGGUUCACGGCAGAAACGACGACGAUGCCGCCGCCGCCACAAACCCGACGCCCGAGCGCCCCAAGCCGAGCGCCUCCGGGCUGGCCAGGGAUUGCACUGGGUACGAGGAGCUGCGUCCGUCGCGCUCCCCGGCCAGGCAGGUUCUGCUGCACCUCCGCGGCUGCCCGUGCAAGGUGAUAGUGCUCACCCCGGGGCUGCUCGGAACGCUGCGGCAGGAGCCCGUGCCGGCCGAGGCGUUGGUGCGUGCCGUGGCGCCGCCUCGCAGCGUGGUGCUGCUCAAUUGCGACGCGGUGGAGGAGGAGGACGUCGCGACGCUAAGGGACGUCCUCCCCGACAGCCACCUGUGGGUCCACCUGAGCGCGUAUUGCCAAGCAGAGCAAUACCUCGCGGCCAUUCAGUGGACGAUACAAGGCAGUGUGCGAGAAUCCGAGCGGUUCGCCGACUCUUCAGUUCCCUUUUUUGGGCAAACAUGUGAAGAGGAAGGAGAAGAGGAAGUGCCCUUCGGGAUUCUUGAGGCCGAGUUUAACCAAGAACUUCACGCUGAACCAUACAACGACAACGACAACGACGAAGAAAACAUUUACCUCGAUGUCAGCUCGAAUGUCGAUGGAUCUCAUUCCAACUGUUCUGACCAGAGGCCUGACACCGAUGACUACUUUCGCUCAGAUUCUAAUCUGGGAGCUGAUUAUAACAGUUGCUCUCAUCUUGAGCGUGGCAGUAAAGAUGAUGAUGACCUUGGAUCUCAUCUGGGCACUGAUGAUAGCAGUUACCAUGGUCUUGAGCAAGGCAGUAAAGAUGAUAACCUUGUCUCUCGUUUGGGCCCUAAUUAUAGAAGUUACCCUGAUCUUGAGCAAGGCGGUAAAGAUGAUAACCUUGUCUCUCAACUGGGCACUGAUGAUAGCAGUUACCCUGAUCUUCAGCAAGGCAGUAAAGAUGAUAACCGUGGCUCUCUUCUGGGCACUGAUGAUAGCAGAUACCCUCCUCAUCUUGAACAAGACUGUAAAGAUGAUUAUCUCAGUUCAGAGGCAGACAGUAUUACAGACAUUGGCAAUGACCAUACAUACGAUAUAGGCCCUUUCAAUGAGCCCAACUCUGACAAAAGCAACGAUGAUCGCAGCCUUAGGCCUAAUGAUUAUCGUUACCUCGAUCGUAAUGUCAAUGAAAACCUUGAUACACAUCCUGACAACCUAUAUUCUGAUCUUACUUUGAACCCUACCUCAGAACAUGUUGGUAGUAAAACGCGGCAAAAGAUGCAUUCAGUGAAGCAAUUCCACAUAAACACCCUACAAUCAAAAUACGACAAUAGUUCUGCUGAUGAUUAUGAGAAAGAAGAAGAAAUGUUGGAUACGUCCACUGGAGAGUCUAAGAAACUGAUGGAUGCGCAGGAGGGAAUAACUGAAGCUCAGAACGUGAUAAAAAUGUCUGAGUCUGUGAUUGUGGAGCCACGGAAAAUCAUCUGUGGAACGCGACCUGCUGUGCUCGUGCUGCUGUCCUCGAGGCUGCCGGUCUCCGCGGUGAUCGUGACCGUGACGUCAACGCGUGACAAGCAGAGGACCCAAGUUCAGCCCGAGAGGCUCAAUGUCUUCACGUUGAGAUUCGAGGCACCCGAGCUGGGCCCGGGCCGCGCCACGGUAGCCGUGCACAGCGGAGAGGCAGGGGACCUCCUGGCGCUGGGCGAGCUCACCUACGUCUCGCCACAACAGCAGCUGCGCCACCUGCUUCACAGCGUCACCAAUCCCUUGAGCUUCAUGCAGCAGGCGUUUUCAAUGCACCACAGCCACACAGAGAAGAUGGACGAGAUGCUCACCGAGUCUUUGCAGAGCAACUUGUCUGGGACGAGAGUGCAGGCGUUCCCUGUCGGAGAACCAGACUCGUCUUCCGCGGACGCUGAGCUGCCGACCCUGCUGCACUUCUCGGCGCGGUUCGGCCUUCGGUGCCUCACCUCACAGCUGCUGCGCUGCCCGGGCUCCGAGUCGGCCCGGAACGUUCUCAACUGGCACGGGGACUCCCCCGGCUCCCUGGCCCACCGGCACGGAUUCCCAGCCCUAACGGAGCUCAUUCAAAACUCCGGGGAUAUCCAGUGGUCGGUAGUGCAGGAGGAGCAGCUAAGGCUGGGUGACCACGGCGAUGACUGCAAGGACUCAUCAGAGGAGGAACUCUGCAGCACAAUUUUGGAAAACCUCCUAAGCCGAGCAGAGGAGUGUGAGGACAGCAAAGCCCACGAAGAUGUUGGUGACAAGGGUCCGGGCACAGCAGCAGACUUCCGCUCACGUUCCAGCCCAAUGCCGGUCUCUUCUCAGGAAAUCCCAGGGGUGUGGGAUCACGGUGAAUGCACACGAGACUUGGCGGAUGGCCACAUGAAGGAGGAUCCAUACAUUGUCCCGGAACUGAACGACUACGAGUUGAUGGGUGACAGCAACGCGUGGACAUCAGCCAAAUCAGCAGCGGCGGUGGCGGCUCCCGCGGCCCGGCACGACACAGUGGUGCGGCCGCCCUGCCCGCUGGGCUCCAGUGCGUACACUCAGCAAGUCUCUUCUCAGGAAAUCCCAGGGGUGUGGGAUCACGGUGAAUGCGCACGAGACUUGGCGGAUGGCCACAUGAAGGAGGAUCCAUACAUUGUCCUGGAACUGAACGACUACGAGUUGAUGGGUGACAGCAACGCGUGGACAUCAGCCAAAUCAGCAGCGGCAGUGGCGGCUCCCGCGGCCCGGCACGACACAGUGGUGCGGCCGCCCUGCCCGCCGGGCUCCGGUGCGUACGCUCAGCAAGUCUCUUCUCAGGAAAUCCCAGGGGUGUGGGAUCACGGUGAAUGCGCACGAGACUUGGCGGAUGGCCACAUGAAGGAGGAUCCAUACAUUGUCCCGGAACUGAACGACUACGAGUUGAUGGGUGACAGCAACGCGUGGACAUCAGCCAAAUCAGCAGCGGCGGUGGCGGCUCCCGCGGCCCGGCACGACACAGUGGUGCGGCCGCCCUGCCCGCCGGGCUCCGGUGCAUACACUCAGCAAGGCAAGGCCGAGGAGGAUGCUCGUCGGCGUUCUACUGGGGACGCCGGGGAUCAGGCCAAGCAGGAAUUGCUGCCUGGGCUCCAGGAGCUCAUCCAGCUGCAGCAGCAGGUGAAGUUCGGACACAUCUCCAUCGACCAGGCCGUGUCCAACUUCAAGACCUGGCAGCAGCAUCACGAGCAGCAGGCCGAAUCCAUGCAGAUUAAAGCGAAAAAUCUACAGCAGCUACGGAAAAGCAUCGCAGAGCGACAAAAGGACAAAUCUUCACAGGCUGGCGUUGUGGAGAUCAUCCACCUGUCCGAACAAGGGCUGUACCAGUCAGUGGGAGCGCCGUGCCUGCCAGGGAAAGGUGACAAGGCGGGCAACCUUUCCGGCGUGGCCCAUGCACCGCCCAAAUUGUACAGCCAAGGUUGUGUUGACAAGGGGCCACGUGGUCAGAGGAGCUCAAACCAUACCUACAUCCUACCAAAGGAGGACGUGCGGCACGUUUCAGAUCCACCUGUUCAGAACACGCACGACCAGAGAAGCACGUUUCUCACUCACGAGCCCCCGCCUGUCGCCCCUCGCCUCUCCCUGGGCCCAACGUUCUACAGCAGCGACGGCGCAGCCAGGCAUUCAACAUUUCCACGACCGGAUGGGACAAGGGCAACAGCUUUACCAAUUCCACAGCAGAGAAGGCUCACGUUGCCUCUGCAAACCCAGCACCAAUAUGACCCUUUGCACACAUUUACCGGCCACUCGAGGGGCGCUUUGCCCGUGCCACCGAUGUUCACAGGUAAACAGUCGAGCCCAUCGUCCCAAACAACAGACAGUCCACUACUCCGAGCAUCCAGGCAAGAAGAUAAUCGCUUAAGGGUGGCACCAAGGUGUGCAGAAAACCUGUUACCCCCAACACACAGACACACAUUCAACACCUUACCCCCAACACCCAGACACACAGACAACCCGUUACCCCCAACGUACAGGCACACAUUAUAUCCCUUACCUCCAACACCAAGAUACAGAGAUUAUUCCUCAGCCCCAACGCACAGACAGGCCUCCAGUACCUUACCCCCAACACCCAGAUACACAGACAAUCCGUUUCCUCCAAAACCCAGAAACAUAGACAAUGCCUUACCUUCAACACCCAGCUACAAAUAUAAUUCAUUGCCAGCACAACCCGUAUCUUCUCGCCAAUCACACACCCAGUUACCCCUCCCACCCAGAUCUUCAUACAAACCCAUUUCCAUGCGGCCUGAUUUGAGCGGCUCUUAUUUACUCACUCAGGCCAAAUACUCGCAGAGCGUGUCACCUCAAGCACACGGACGCAAGCACAACACGUUGCCCAUGGUGGCAUCGCCAAGGCAACCUCAGACGGCCCCACCGCUGCCAUGCAGGAGUUCCCGAGCGCAGACCCUGCCUGCUCCGCUGCCUCCUCAACUGCCAAAGCGUCCGCAAAAUCAGUACCUGUGUGACUAGGCGGCGUGCAAUGAGAUACAAUCGUCUAAAUUACUGGGAAUAUUUUCGGAUUUAAAACGCGAUGAUGGAAUUUAGAAAGUAACGUUUAUGGAAACCUUAAGAAGGAUGAUUAUAAAGGGUAUUCGGUUAAAAUCUUUAAAAUAUUUUUCAAACUUUGUAAAAUAGUUGAAUGAUAUCCUGUUCAAGUUUGUGAAUUGGGAAUUGAGUCGUUAUAUGUUCCAUGGUCUGUUCUGAGUGACCACAGUCGCACACCACAGAGUUUGAAAUUUUCCAUUGGUUUGAGCAGAUGUGGUUUAGGGUUGUGGCCCAUGAGUUGAGCGGAAAAUUUUAACCAGGGAUCAGCAUCCGGUCUUCCAUGACAUAUUUGUGAAGUGUCGUGAUCUCCAUUCGGAUUUUCAAGCAUAAUCAGGGCCGAAGUUGCAUUGUUGAAGCUUUAGUUGGUUGGUCCAAAAGGGCUUGCAUAACUUCAAACGGUGAUGAGUGACAUUUUUGAUAUCCUGGUGGAUGGGGAGAUGUAUGUUUCCUAUGCAUUGCUGGACUUCCUGAAUGGAUGGAGAAGCUACGUGCAAUGUAACUUCCCAGGAUGCCAGGGCAUUGGGGUCGUCUUGGGGAUUCCAUGUCAUUGCAUCGUUCAUUUGGACAUCAACAAAUCGAGUCUGUAGCACCGAUGUUGAUGCUCCCCAUCUUGUGGGGGCCAGUUUCUGGACCAGAUUUACCCUUGUCUUCAUUUUAGCGGCUAUCUUCAGGUGAUCGUGGAAGGUUAGAGUGCGGUCCAAAUUUACUCCUAGGUAGGUCGGAGCGGGGUCAUCUUGCACAGUGUUGCCACAAAAGGACACUUUCAGGGUGUGCUUAACGAAGAUGACAUGCAGCGACUCGGCUGAGCUUCCAUGUCCGGAAAUAUCCCUCUAUGGUGUUUAGGUCCCCGUUCAAGAUGAAUGCGAUGUCAAUGAAGGUGACUGCUUGAAUGGCCAAGGCAAGAUCAUCCACGUAUGCAAUCUGUGCUAAUUCGUUGGUGGCGCAUCGCUUGUGUAGACAAUAAAAAGCGACGGCGCGAGUGCUAAGCCAAAUGGACACAUACCUCGGCAUCGUCCAUAGUAGGCAUAUUUUGAGGCAAGGGGGUGAUCCUUACGAAAUUCAUGUAGGUCUUUAAAUCACGACCGUGUCAUAGGUCGAUGACGUCUACAAAGGCUGUACUGGUCUUGGAUUUCUGGAAUCUGGCCUCGAUGUGCAUUGCAAGGAGCAAAAUUUGGUCACAGCAACAUCCUUUAGGCCAGAAACACAUCCAUAAUUUUCAUAUUAAAUUAAUGGGAAAAGCCAUUCAAAUUAACGAAAUGUCGUUUUAUGGAUGUUUUUUUGAAGAACGUAUCACUUUUGUAAAUCGAGGGAUACAUGUACAGCGCUUUGGCAAUCCACUGCUGGAUAAAGACCUCCCCACGCCGUCAGUCAUGGGGGUUGUUUGGCUGCUACUUUAUUCAGUGGUCAGUGUGGGUUGAUGAAAUAGAAAUUUGAGGGGAAACUGAAUAUACUGUACAUUUAAAUGAUAAUAAAGCUUUUCAGCCACG